ACUUGUUUUCACUAUCAUAGGAUUCAAGAAGAUUGAGGGUUUUGAAGGUUGCCGAUUUGAUAUUUAUAUUUAUGCUCAACCGCUUUGAUGUAAUAAUCGAGCCAUAAGCUACAAUGAACGAAAACGGGACCAUCAUUGAAUUGAAGAACAAUGAAGUGAAUAUGCCCGUGCCGAAAAUAAAACACGAUUGGUACCAAACGGAGACUCAUGUAAUUGUGACAAUACUCGCCAAGAAUGUAGAAAAUAUGAAAGUCGUAUAUGGAGAGAGCACACUAAGUGUGUCUGCACAGUUACCAUCUAGCAAUGAAUAUAGUUUAGAGUUAGAUUUAGCCAACUUUAUAGUGGAGGAUCAAUGUACAUACAAAGUGAUGCCGUCCAAGAUAGAAAUCAAGCUGAAAAAACGAGAUGAUAUUAGAUGGACGACAUUGGAAGGAAAUCCAGUUUUAAGUAAAGUAAAACCUAUACCAACUGAAAUACUUCAAGCUGGCAAAGAAGCAUCCAAGUAUCCAAGCUCCUGUAAAAAAUCUAAAGAUUGGAAUAAAGUUGAAAAGGAAAUAGAGAGACAAGAGGCAGCAGAAGAAACCAUGGGUGAGGCUGCAGUGAAUGCUCUCUUCCAAAAAAUAUAUGGCAAUGGAUCCGACGAAGUGAGACGCGCUAUGAACAAAUCCUUUAUAGAAUCUGGCGGUACCGUUUUAAGCACUAACUGGGGAGAAGUAGGAAAUAAAACAGUCGAGAGAAAACCACCAGAUGGAAUGGAAUGGAAAACUUGGGACUCAUAAUUAUGAUUUUUUGCUAAUUGGAUUUUCAUCAUUUCUUACAUACAUUGAUCACAUUUAAUCGUCAAUUACCACUAUAUCACAUAUACUAGGAAUGCAUCGGAUAUUCGAAACGUAUCCAGUAUCCGGUUGAAAUUUUAUAUCAUUAAAUUGUUGCUAUUUUAUUAUACAAAUAUUCUAAAAAUAAGUGCAUAUUCGUAAUGAUAUAAUAACUUAUAUAGUGUGUGUUGCAAAAUUACAAUUUUUCGCUACAGGUUUUUUUAAAAUAAUUUUCUGGAAUUCGGUUGGAUAUCCAGAACAUGGUGAACAUCUAACUCGAAUUGCCUUCUCAGAUAUCUGACUGGGUACCGAAUAUCCGAUGUUACAUUCUAUCCAGAUAUCCAGUAAUUUUAUGAUCCAUAUGUAUCCCUAACAUAUACUUUAAAAUAAGAAGGUAUACAUAUUGACAUUUACUUGAGAGUGAUAUCUCAUAUUUUCAUAAAUAAUAACUUAAUAAU